GCACGUGACCAUCCCACGACCGCGAUUUUUCUGCCGAAAUUCAGUCCAACAUUUAAUCUUCAUCUUUGAGCUUCAUUCUCACCAUCACAACUAUAUCCCUCCCUCCUCUCUUUUUUCCCUGAGUAUCUCUCCCGGAUUACCGGUUACCGCCCAAAAUGCCUCCCCGGAAGCAGUGGAUCGACAAGAAACAAGCAACUACCUAUCAACUCUUCCACCGUUCCCAACAUGACCCUCUCAUUCACGACCCCUCCGCCGACGACCGCGUUCUGCACCCCGUCUACGGACCCCCCAAAAACGCCCCAAGUGAAUCUUCCUCCGCAUCCAAGCACCGCGGCCAAAGUCUUGCCGACCUAAACCAAACCUUCGGAGGAGCCGCGCGCAAAAACGAAGGUGAAGCUGCCAAUUACGGCAUUUUCUACGAUGACUCGCAAUACGACUACAUGCAGCACUUGCGCGAGCUCGGCACCGGCGCCGGCGACGCUUACUUCGUCGAGGCCAAGACGAAGGGCAAGGACAAGGGCAAAGGACUGAAGUUGGAGGACGCUUUGAAACAGGUCUCGCUGGACGACGGACGGAGUGAGUUCGGUGGCACCGAAAGCAUGUACAGCUACGACAUGCGCUCGACGGCGUCUUCCUACGUGCGCAAACCCACCUACCAGGACCAGCAGAACGUGCCCGAUGCCAUUGCGGGAUUCCAGCCGGACAUGGACCCGCGGUUGCGCGAGGCCCUGGAGGCGCUCGAGGACGAGGAGUUCGUGGACGAGGACGACGAGGAGGAUGUCUUCGGUCAGUUGACUACGCGGGCAGAGGAAAUGGACCCGGGUGACUGGGAAGAUACUCUCUUCGACGACGUCGAAGAAGAAGACGAUGGAUGGGAGUCCGAUGCGACAGAAAAGGCCCCUGUGCAGAUGGACACCACAGCUGCAAAGGCCCGCUACCAAGACUCUGAGCAUGAGGACCAGCCCGGCGAGCUUCCCGAACACAACGAGCCCGCGCCCGACAUGCACCCCGAAGACCAAGGCUGGAUGCGCGAAUUCGCCAAGUUCAAGAAAGACGCCAAGUCCGGCAAAGCAGCUCCCGCCGCUCCUCCCAGCGUCGUCCCCUCCCAGCAGGGCAGCACCCUCGCCUCGACCGUCUUCACUGUCGGAGGAACUCCCAUCCGCCGCAAGAAGCGCAAGGGCGCCCUCACUAACCCCUCCGCCUACUCCAUGACUUCGUCUGCCCUUGCCCGUACAGAGGGCCACCGUCUCCUGGACGACCGCUUCGAGCGCGUCGAGGCCCUCUACUCCCUCGACGAGGAGGACGAGUUCGAUGACAACAUGUCCAUGGUCAGUGGAAUGACCGGCAUGACCGGUAUGAGUGCCGUGUCGGGCAUUUCGACUGCCUCGUCCCAGGCACCGAGUCUCGUUGAUGCGAACGGCGAGGCUGUCCGUCCUUCCCACAACUUCAACAACAUCAUGGAUGACUUCCUCGCCGGGUGGGACGACAAGACGAGUGCCCAGGCUAAGCGGAAGGGCGCCAAGGCGAAGCGCGGAAAGAACGGUAACGAGGCGAUUGGUAUUCGCAUGCUGGAUGAGGUUCGGCAGGGAUUGGGCCCUGCUAGGAUUCCUGGGAAGGUGUCGGGGAGGGCGUAGUGGGUUCCCUCUGAGUGAGUGAGUGGGAUGUGAGUGGGUAUGCUUGAAUGAUUGCAACGAUACCAAUUUAUCUAUCAUUUGGUGGGAAUAAAAAUGCGGGACUGGCGUUAGGGUGUGCAUGUGUGCGUGAGAUGAUUGCAUUUCUUGCCUGGUGAUAGACUAUCUAGCACUGUUCUUUCAUAUAAAAG